AUGGUAUUUGGAUUUGCAAAGAGGGAUAGGAGGGUGCCUGACCUAUCCAGGUAUGACUACUAUUACCAGAACCAAGAAGAUUACAACAAGAGUCCUCAAUUAUCUGCUGCUGCUGCUUCUGCUGCUUCUGCCGCGUCACCGGAUCAAGCCAGUUAUUCAAGGUCGCAUUCGUUGGCUGCUCGUGCUCCACCGAUAUCGAAACAGAGGAACUCGGUGAAAGGUCCAGGGAGGCGGCUCUCAACAUCUUCUGCUGUCCCACAAUCAGCCAAGGGGACGGCUAAGCCUCAUCCGCAAAAGACGUACUCUCUAAGAUCACAGAGGAGUGGGGACUAUCAUUUGCAGCGGCCCAAUAAUGCCAAUAAUGGGAGCCGCAUAAACUCGAUGACGUCGGGUGCCAAUGUCAGAAGAAACCUUGGCAGCAAGAACAAGUCUACAGGCAGCAAAAGCGAUUCUAGAGCCAAUUCCAUCACUGUGAAAACAACCCAGGUCACAGACCCCUCAGGAAGGACUCAAUCAAUCACGAAAAAGACAAUUAAGAAAAUCAAUGGUUACGAGUAUGUCGAAACUACAACUACGACUAAGAAUCUAGUUCCAUUGGGCGAUUCACAACGCCAUUUCGAUGAAUUUAGUGGGAAUUACAUGUUGCAAGAUGACGACAUCGGAGAGGAACAAAAUGCCGAUAAUAUUCACGACAUAAUGGAGGAAAACGAAACAGAAAAUGAGAAUUCAUACUCUCCGGCAGACAAAAACCAUUUGCAAGGUGACUCUGAGCUAAACUUGGAAAAAUCUGAUUUUCCGCCUGGGUCUUAUUUCCACCAUAAGUAUUCAACAGACGUUAUGCCUCUAGAAGAAGAAAGCAGUUUGUCUAAUUUCAGUGACGCACUAGAUUAUAUUCCCCCCACAGGCCAACCCAAUAAUAAAUAUAUUCAUAAAAAAAGAAAACCAACGUCGACAGCAAGAAAACAGAAACAUCCUGCUGUGACCAAUACGGAGCCAAAGGUUAAGAAACCAUUAACCGAAGCAGAAAUGUACGUAAAGGCCCUCGAAGUCGCUAAAAGAAACGUCUAUCACACGGAUGUACCUUCAAAUAAUGUUCCAAUUCCAAUUGGGGGUACCAAACAAAGGAAAAGCAGAAUGGGCGAAAAAAUGACUUUAAGAGGCGGCAGUGAUGCUCCAACCACUGCUGCAAAGUCUAAUACCGAGGCUCAAUCUAAAAAAUUUACCAGUACUUUGCUUCAUAGAAGCGAUAAAAAUGAACCGAAUGAAGGGCGCAACCACUCACUGAUGUCGUAUUCCAAAUCGGAACAACCAUCAGAGCCUUUAUCAGAGUCUAAGUACGCAAACACAGGGCUGACUGAUGAAGAAAUGUACGCUCAAGCUUUGAAGAUUGCACAAGCUAGAUAUUACAAUUCUCAUGGCAUUCAACCUGACACUAUCAGCACUACCGAUAACAGCAAUGCUGCAGUCAAGCCCAUCCAGAACAGUGUUGAUUAUUCUGUACAUCCUGAAAACGUUGUGUCUAACAAACAAACUUAUACAGGGGAGCCACAACUUCCAGUACACAGCGAAGUGCAUGAAUACGAGACGGUUCCCCUGCAAAAAACGAAAACAGGCGGUUCUUCCAAAAACAAGUUCAAGAGCAUGUUUGGUAAGGUGCUCCAGUUUUCACAAGAAAAUUAUGGUUACCAAAACAAGAAGGACCAAGGACAACGUGUCCCGGCGGACGAUACCACCGAAGAAAGCUUCCAGGCUGCCUCACCCAUGGACGGUGUCCUCGCCGCCGGAUCCUAUUCAAAUAACGGUAUGACAACAAGUUCAACCACCGAUGGUUCCCUCGCACCUCAUCAACAACAAACCGAGUCCGCUCUUUCGUCCUCAAAUGGGCUAAGCCAGAGCAACAUACACCCUCCGGUAGCGUCUGCCACCACGAGAACAAAGACUACUGAACAACAAGAAACCGUGAGGUCUUCCUCCUCGCUUUUACAGGACCAAACCCCACAGCGUCAAGAAAACGCUACCGAUCCGACAACAGCUACAACCACCACAACCACCACGAUAACGAACGAAAUGUCCAUCGCUGAACCACCCACAUCACUCGCCAUACCCGCUGAAACACCCGUUGUCUCCCAACCAACAAUAGUCACUGCAACAAAUACCACUAAGACGGUACAAGCUCAAGCCCCUCCCACAAAGCACAAAAAGUCCAGUUUUUUCACUAAACUGUUUAAGAAAAAGAGCAGACGUUAA